CUUCUCUACUCUUCCUUCUUCCUCGAUUCCCAUUCGCUAGCCUCCCUAGCCAAAUCUCAUUGUCUCUUCUCCGCUAGCUUCCUGAUUUGGAUAAAACUUCAUCUCGAGGGGAUCAAUCCUCUAAAGUGUUGAGCUUUCUUUCUUUUUUUUUUUACUUAUGCAGGAGUUACAAAAAAAAAAGGCAGAAGACUUUAUCAUCUUGUCAGCAACUUGAAGUCCCCAUAGCUUAUGGCAGAUCUUGCCAUGAGACCAUCUUGAUUUGGUGUAAGAAAAACCCAUUUGGUCAAGCAAAAUCAUGAACAGUCGUCAUAGGCUUGUGUCAACAGCACAAGACGAAUGCGAUAAAAGAGUUCAAAAAGCUUGCUCGUCUUCUCAUCUCUCUCCAGCCUAUAACUUUCUGAAUGUCCAGUCAGAAACCAUGAAAUCUCCUUUCAUACGCUCACAAUCACCAGAUUGGCCAAAGAAUAAUAGUAGUUCUCGGGGCACGUUUUCACGGUCUUCCACCUUCUGCACGAACCUCUACUCGUCAUCUUCUUCAACCUCUGAGACUCAAAAACAUUUGGGAAACAGUCUUCCAUUCCUCCCUGAUCCCUCUGCUCACAGCACCCACUCAGCUUGUGGUGUGGAGUCUGCAAGAUCUCCAUCUAUAUUCAGUGAGGAUUUGAGCAAUCCAUUUGAUGGAGACAACUCCGGGUUGCUUGCCAAAGAUUUCCUUAAUCUUUCUGGUGAUGCUUGUUCCAAUGGAGGAGGUUUCCAUGAUCUUGACUGUUCGAAUGACAGCUAUUGCUUAUCAGAUCAAAUGGAGUUGCAGUUUCUGUCUGAUGAACUUGAGCUGGCUAUCACAGACCGAGCUGAGACUCCCAGGCUUGAUGAGAUCUAUGAAACGCCAUUGGCUUCAUCAUCAAAUCCAGUGACUGGAAAGAGUCCAAGCCAAAGAUGUGUGGCUGGAGCAAUGUGCAUUGACGCAGCAGUUUCAUCUCACCCUUCUCCAAAAUCAUCAUCAGCAUCAGCUGCCAAUCACAAGCCGAGAAUGAGAUGGACCCCUGAGCUCCAUGAGAGUUUUUUGAAGUCAGUGAACAAACUUGAAGGGUCUGAAAAGGCCACUCCAAAAGCUGUUCUGAAGCUUAUGAAUGUUGAGGGCUUGACGAUCUACCAUGUCAAAAGCCACUUGCAGAAGUAUAGACUAGCAAAGUAUAUGCCAGAGAGAAAAGAAGAGAAAAAGAAUGUUAACUCAGAGGAAAAGAAACUCGCUUUGAGCAACAGUGAAGCUGAUGAGAAGAAAAGAGGGGCGAUACAGUUAACUGAAGCUCUGCGUAUGCAGAUGGAAGUUCAAAAGCAAUUGCAUGAACAACUCGAGGUGCAACGGGUGCUUCAGCUGCGGAUAGAAGAGCAUGCUAAAUACUUGGAAAAGAUGCUUGAAGAACAACGCAAAGCCGGAAGGCUAUUUUCACCUAGUGAUGACUCUAAACCAGAUUCUCAAAACAUGUCCCAAACCGAAGCAUCUCUGCCUCAGCCGCCACCAUCAUCUGCAAAGAACAUAGCUUCUGAAACAGAAGAUGAGCAGUGUGAGUCGCCUCAGAAACGUCGCAAGCUUGAGGACAAUACUAAACCUCAAGAUUCUGAGAGAUAGCAGGUUUCUUUUUUAAGUAUGUAUGUAUAUAUGAUAUGGUUUUGUGUAGUUUGGUAAAGGGGAUCUUUGUCGGACGCGUGUAAACUUAUUAAGUAUCUUUGAGGAUGUUCCUUGGA